AUGUUUUUUGUAUUUCAAACCUUGUUCUGUGUUGUGAGAAGACUGUCUACAAUGGUGUCUCGUUUUAUCUCGAAAUCCUCACAUCUUCGAUUAUUGUCUCAACUUUCCCACAGAACCCAAUUCCUCUUAAACCCUAAAGCCUCCUUUCCAUAUUUCUUCUCCACUGGUAACAGCAAAGAUUCAACUUCUGAUUUCGAGAAACUCUCUUCUCAAACUGACCAAUCAGAGUUCAUAAGAAAGCAGGUUCUUGAUGAAGGAUACAAACCUUGGAGUUUUGAUGUUGUUGGAGAAACUGAGAUGUUGGGUUUUGAAGAGGAGAAAAAGAUUCUUCAAUUGGAACACAAAGCUCUUUUUAAAGGUUCUUGUACCGAUGAUGAAUUGACAAUCAAAAAGAAUAAACUUAGUAAUCCCUCAGUAAUUUUGGAAGUAAUUGAGACUAUCAAGGGCGGUGGGGAGGAUUUGAGGCACAAGUUAAUUUUGGCGGCUUCAAAACUAUCACUCAACUCUGUUAUUGAGAUUUUUGACCUUUUGAAUGAACAAAGAAUAUCUGGAUUGAAGUUCUUUAAUUGGCUUCGGGACUCGCAUCCUGAAUUUUAUCGCAGUGCUUAUGUCAAUAGUCUGAUUAUAUGUAAUUGUGGAUGGUUAGAUGACUAUAAAACAAUGAUCUCUUUGUUGGAGGAGUUUAAGGCUGAAAAAACUUGUUUAACUGACAAGGCUUUUGGGUUCUUAACUGUAGUUGGAUCGAGUAAGGAUUCAUUGAUAAAUUCGACCAAAAAAGUGGUUGAUAUGCUGAAUGAUGUUGGAGGAUCCUGUCGUGGUUCUGGUGUCUAUGGAUUAAUCGAGAUGUUCUGUUGCUUGGACUUGUUCGAUAUGGCAGCAUUUGUAAUAGAGAUCACUGAAAGAACAGCUUCGCACUACAAUAUUUUGAUCCGUAAAAGGUGUCAAGCAGGCCAAAUCGAAGAAGCACGAGCUAUUAUCAAAGAGAUGUCUGAAUUUGGUUGUUCUCCUAACACCAAGUCAUAUAACUACCUGCUUGGCUCAUUGUGUAAGAACGAUAAGAUGGAGUAUGUGAAUACUCUGCUCGAAGAAAUGAGAAAUAAGGGUCUUAAUGCAGAUGCAAUUACUUUUGAAACUUUAGUAUAUCAUUCAUCUAGUCGCGGUCAAGUUGACUUUGCUUCUAAAUUUUUGAAUUUGAUGGUAAAUAUGAAUGUGGAACCUCGUUCUACUACUCAUGCUGCAUUUCUUAAAGUGUUGCUUGAAGCAGGAGAGCGUGAGAAAGCAAAUAAGUAUGUGAUUGACAUGAGUGCCAAGUAUAACCACUCUGUCAAUACACUAUACAGCUUGCUUGUAAGACUUCAUCGGAAGAAAGGAGACAUUAUGACUGCUCAAAACAUUCUCAAUGAAAUGAUUGACAAGGGUCUCAAGCCGGACUUUGGAAUUUUCAUUGAAAUUGUAAAGCAGCUCCAGAAGACUGGCAGGAAAACUUUAGCUCGAGAUCUUAGGACGAAAUACUCUGGUUUCUAUUGUAGUACAAAAGCUAACAAUUCUUUAUCCAAUCCUUUUGUCCCAUGCCAUGGUUGAAUGUAUCUCUCUAGCUGGUUUGUCUGUGGAAGAAAGCUUGGGAGUGUGCAUUAUUUGCUUUUUGCCGAAAAGUUGAUUUGCUAUUCAUGAACUAUGAUUUGCUCAUUUUGUAAGGUUGUAUAAGAGUUGUGAAAAUUUUAAUAGUUUCACAAAUUGUGGGGUUUUAAUGUUUUAUGAGAAAAAAUACAACUUAAAAAAUCUAAAUUUCACGUUCAAAUAAAACUUCAACUUCAAAUCAACCUAAUAUUAAAACAAUGAUUCCUUUUUUUCACUAACCAAUUUGAAAUUGAUUUUCAUGUUCUAAAUAUAAUUUCGAUUUCAAAAUAUUUUUGUUCAAUUUAGUUUCAAAUACUAUUUUCUUCCUCAAUAAGUAUUUUAUGCAUAGGUUUAUCGGAAACAACCUCAUACCCCAUAAAGAGAGGGUAAGGUCUGCGUACACCUCACUCUCUUCAAAUUUCACUUGUGAAAUUAUGCAGGGUAUGUUAUUGUUGUUGGAGAAUCUAAUACGUCUAGAGGUCUGUCCUUGAACUCAUUAACUGAGACUUGACUACACCACCACGCUUUUUUCUUUAAAUUCAUCUCCUCCUACCAUACUUUUUACUCUUUAAAAAAUUGUCUUUUUCUAUCUUACCCCCAUUAAUCCUCCGCUGCACAAAAGAGGUAAAAUCAGAGAUCAACCGGAUACACUUGUGCAAUGCAUAUUCACUUUAUACAUACAGAUUCUUUUUUAAUAAGAACUUGUUUAAUAAAUUUAGGCAUGGGCGUAUCAUGGGGAAGAAGGGAUUGAUCCGAACUCCUUUGCCGUAAUAUUGCACUAUAUAUAUAAUGUCAAAAAUAUUUAUAUCUAUAUAUUAUAUAGGUUAGAGUUGUCUUUUGACUUUUUCGUACAUUUAUUUUUUUAUAUUUUCAAUCAUUGAUUUUGGUAGGUCCAUGGCUACUGCAUCUUUCAUUUUUAUUUCUCCUUCAACUAAACAUAAUUUACACUAGUCUUAAGUCUUAUGUUAUUGGUAUGCAUUGCUUUUGGAUUCUGUUUCUUCUCAAUGAUUAUGAGCAAAUGUGUUUUUAACUUUCUUUUUCUACAUCCGUUUCAGUUUCACAUUACUCUUGUUUUCACUACUGGGUUGAGCAAAUCUUGGGCGAAAGAUUUACGUACUGCAGCUGUGGUUGCUGGGAGUCCAGGAAGCCAUGGUUAAUUGAAAAAAAAUAGAGGUUGCACCUCCUUAGAAAAUGAUGUUUCACCUGAAGAUUAUGUUUGGCUUCCUGUGUCGCACUCAAUAUUUACUUCUGAAAAAGCAAAGCAGCUCUCUUUGGGCAAAGUGUCUAAUAAUCGCUUUCAAGUUGCAACCAAAAAAAUGUCAGAGAGGCUUUGCGAGUUGGAGCUCUUAGAAAGUUGGGAAGUCCAUCAAAAAGAUCUGGUCUUUGGUUACUGCUUGUAUUUUGUGGUGCUUGUAGACAGAAAGGAACCAAAGAUGUUUUGAUGGCAUUCCAAUUGCCAUCCCUACUCUUAAGGCUAGAUGUUUGGUUAACCUCUUUAGUUGGAUCAACCUCAUCCCUGUAAUUAGUAUCGACUCUUUUUUGGAAUUCAUCAGCUCCAUUCCAUAGGUCUAUAUGAUAGUCUCUUUUGUCUUUUGUGGGCUGAUAA